AUGUAGAUAUGUGGAUGCGGUUUUGGUCUUGGUCAUGGAUUCCGAUUCCGAUUCCGAUUCCUAUUCCGAUUCCUUGGGUCCACACCUGAAGUAUCCGAUCGAGACGAGAUGAGAUGUGGCAGGCGAAAAGCAAAAACCACAAAAAUAUAACAACUUGUUUACAAGCUAAUUGCGGGCGUGGAAUGUUACGAAAUUGAAAAUGUUGCUGCGUUCCUUCCAUUCCAUAUGCACAUGAUCUGAUGAUCUGAUGAUCUGCGGAUGAUCGUGAUCUAUAACAUAGUCCAGCUUUGCCAGUGCUCCGGAUGAGAUCGCCAUGGGAAUGAUGCGGAGAUCGCGGAUCUGGUUGCUCGGGCUGCUGCUGCUGCUGGAAAUGACGCCUCCUGCCAUUCCGCUGCCCAUCCGAUCCUCCCAGUCACUGGCCCUUCUGCGAGCUCGGGAUCAGUGCGGCAGGGAGCUGACUGCCGCCCAGCGUCUCCAGCUGGACAGGAUGCAGUACGAGGAUGCACCCCAUGUGCGCCACUAUCUGCAUUGCUUCUGGUCGCGGCUGCAACUCUGGCUGGAUGAGUCCGGCUUCCAGGCGCAGCGCAUUGUCCAGAGUUUCGGUGGCGAGAGACGCCUCAAUGUGGAGCAGGCACUGCCCGCCAUGAACGGGUGCAAUGCGAAAACGAGCUCUAGAGGAUUGCGAUCGCAGGCGGAGGUCGACUGGUGUUUCCGGGCCUUUGUCUGCGUGCUGUCCACUCCAGUGGUUAACAAUUGGCAAGCAAACAACAAAUGGACUAUUAGACCCAAAUGUAAGAAAAUCUGUGGAAACUUGGUUUCAAAAGUCAAAAAUCACUUUUGCUUUUGACCUAAACUGAAAUCUAGCAGGCC